AUGCUGUCGGGCAAGUUCAUCGGCGGGAUGCCCGGCUGCAAGUGGCAGGACGGCUGCAUCCACGUCCCCAUCGAAGACGUGAGCGCGCAGUAUUGCCAGCGUAUGUGCGCGACGGGAGCGAUCGUCAUCGCUCGGGAAGACCAGGGCUUCCCCAAGGGGCUCAGGGACGUCGCCGCGGCCGGCCGCGUCUCGGAGGCUUUGUGGGACGAGAUGAUCGCCGACAUGCUCGCCACGGCCAAGGCCAACACCGACAACCUCAUAUGCUGCUGGAGCUUCGCCGCGCUCCUGUCUCUCGGCAUGUGCUACAUCUGCUGGUCGCGCAAGGUCCAGUCGUUGACGGCGUGGCGCCAGAAGUUCGUCGACAAGUGGAACGCCGGCGACCGCUUCAACGGCGCGCUCAGCUUUGGCUACGUCAAGAAGACCGCGGGCAUCGACGACGAGCCGUUCACCUACCUCGUCGAGCUCAAAGCGGCUAUGUCGUCAGACCUCGUCGUGGCUGCUCCCAGCGAGCGAGUGCGUGUCGUUGACGAGGAGUCCGCGCUCUCGUCGAUCACCUGCGGCGGCGCCUUCGCCGGCGGCGACGACAGCGACCAGGACGCCUACACCGACAUCCUCUGCAGCAACCGGAGCUCGCGGCGCCGCGACGCGCCCCACGACGACUCCGACAGCGGCGAGGAGCUCGAGACCGCCGCGCGCGCCCCGCACACGAUCAUCUUAGCCGUCAAGCAGGCGAACAUGGACGGCAGCGAGGAGAAGCCCCUGCAGGCUCUAGAGGAGGGGCGGGCCGGCGGGCGGCCCGACGUCGUCUUCGACUCGCUGCGUUACGAGGUGCCGCUCCCGAGCAAGGAGAAGCUCGUCGUGCUCGACGGCACGACGUCGUCCUUCCGCUGCGGCGAGGUCACGGCGGUCAUGGGCAGCAGCGGCGCGGGCAAGACGAGCCUCUUGGACGUCGUCGCGGGGCGCGCGGCCGCGGGCAAGGUCGAGGGCACCGUCAUCGUCGGCGGCGCGCGGCCGACGAACAUCGUGCGCAAGCGCUACUCGGGCUACUGCGUCCAGCGCGACACGCUCGUGGCUGCCUUGAGCGUCCGGGAGACGCUCAAGUACACGGCGGAGCUCAAGUGCAGCGCCGUGAUCCCGCGGGCCGCCAAGUUCGCGCGCGUCGAAGAGGUGCUGAAGGAGCUGGGCCUCGAGGACUGCGGCGACACGGUCGUCGGCAACGACCUGGACCGGGGCAUCUCCGGCGGCCAGCGCAAGCGUCUGAAUAUUGGGGUGGCGCUCGUGACGAAGCCGCCCGUGCUGCUGUUGGACGAGCCGACGUCCGGCCUCGACGCGGCGACGGCCGACGAGAUCUUGGCCGUCGCGAGUAGCCUGGCGCGGUCCGGCGGCGGCCGCGUCGUCGCGGCGACGCUCCACUCGCCGUCGUCGCGGGCCUUCCGCUUGUCGGUCGACAAGCUGCUCGUGCUCGGGAGCCGGGGCCGGCCGCUGUACGCGGGUCCGGCGGACGUCUCGGAGGCGGGCCCGCUCCGGCGCUACCUCGACGCGCGCGGCGCGCCGCUCCAGCCCGGCGACUCCCUCGCGGACCACGUCAUCUACACGCUCAGUAGCCGCGGCGCCGACGACGACGCCCUCGCCGAGGCCUGGGCGGCGUCGCCGGGCGGCGCCGCGGAGAAGGACGCGUCCGAGGCCGCGGCGGAGCGGUCCGCCGAGUCCGCGUCGCUCAGCGCCGUCGCCGACUGCCUCGCCUACCACGCCAGGGACCCGCGGCGCGACGAGGCCGUCGCGACGUCGUUUCUCCACGGCGCGACGACGCUCCUGCGCUACCGGGGGACGCGGUCCUACGGCGACGGCGAGUACGUCGGCGUGCGCCUCGGCGACAAGAUCAUCUUCGGCCUGGUCAUCGGCACGCUCUACUUCAACGAGGCCCAGAAGCACCGCGACGACGGCCACGCGAACAACGUGGCGUCGCUGCUGUGGAUCACGGUCGUGUUGCCGGGCUACGGCGCGGCCGCGUACGUGCCGCAGAUCGUCGACGAGCGCGCGACGUUCGUCCGCGAGGUCGCCGACGGCUGCUACGACGUCGGCACCUACGUGGCCUACAAGUGCGUCGAGGAGUUCGCUAUCAUGCUGCCCUUCAGCGGCGUCUUCGCGGGGUUGAUCUACUUCAUGGUCAAGUUCCAGUGCUCCUUCGCGGUCUUCUGGGCGACGUACUACCUCAACUCGUGCGUGGGCAUCGCGCUGGCCUACGCCGUCGCCGCCUUCUCGCCGACGACGGAGGCGGCGAACGCGUUGUUGCCGACCUACGUGACGACGAACAUCUUCUUCACGGGCUACCUCAUCCUCUGGGACGACAUCCCCAAGCCCUGGCGCUGGUACCCGUGGGUCAACCCCAUGCUCUACGGCUGGGUCGGCCUCAUGCAGGACGAGUUCGACGACUCCGACGACCCCUACGCCGACGUCUCCGACAUCCAACGCUACUACUCCCUCGGCCGCUUCCCCCACGUCGGCGUCUGCCUCGCGGUCCUCGUCGGCUUCUGCGGCCUCUUCGCGGCGCUCGCCUGGGUCGGGCUCAAGCAGCACGUCAAGGCCCACGCCUCCGCCUAG